CGUGUUUGACCUCAUCACUCAAACUCUCCUUCUCUUUUAACAGACCAGUCUCUCUCUUUCUCUCUCUCUCAAAUUCAUUUAUAACAUCAAAACAAUCUCACAAUUUCUCUGUUUCUUCCUUCACUCUCUUCUUUCUCAAUCUCUGGGUAUUAAAUUAUGGGUUUUCUUAUCAUCACGAGGUUUGAGUAGAGAGAAUUUAGUUGGUUUGAUUCUGUUAUUAGUAGAUAAUCUAUUUAGGGUUCGAUUCAAAGAGAUAUGAGAGGGGGUGUAAAUGAUUAUACUAGUAUGGACACAAUAACUGCUGCUGCUACUGCUAUUGUUACUGCUGAAGCUCGUGUUCAACAAUCCACUUCUGUUCAGAAAAGAAGAUGGGGAAGCUGUUGGAGUGGAUACUGGUGUUUUGGAGCUCAGAGAAAUAGGAAGAGAAUUGGACAUGCUGUUCUCACUCCUGAACCCAUGAUAUCAGGUAGCGCUGCUGCCCCUGGCGCCGAGAUUUCUUUCCUCCCUCCUAGUAUAAUACUACCCUUCGCUGCACCUCCCUCUUCUCCUGCUUCUUUCCUCCAAUCAGACCCCAACUCAUCUACACAAUCACCGGCAGGUUUACUAUCCUUCACUUCUUUCUCAGCUAAUGUGUACUCUCCUGGGCCAAAUUCCAUUUUUGCAAUUGGUCCAUAUGCACAUGAGAAGAAUUUAGUUUCACCACCAGUUUUCUCAACAUUCACCACCGAACCCUCCACCGCGCCCUUCACUCCCCCUCCCGAACCCGUUCAGCUAACAACGCCUUCAUCUCCAGAGGUCCCAUUUGCUCAGCUUCUGUCCUCAUCUCUAGACCCAAACCUCAGAAAUCAUGAUCCGAAUCAAAAUUUCCCACUCUCACACCAUGAAUUUCAGUCCUAUCAGCUAUACCCAGGAAGUCCAGUUGGCCAAUUAAUAUCACCGAGCUCAGUCAGAUCAGGUGCUUCAUCUCCUUUCCCCGAUUCUGAGUUCAAUUCCGGUGGACGUACUUAUCUCGAGUUCCACACUGGGGAUGUUCCCAAGCUCUGGAAUAUAAAAGGACUUUCCACAUCUAAGUGGGUAACAACUAGACAAAGUUCAGGGUCUCUUACACCUGAUCCUGCUGGACCUCCCGCGAAUGAGAGAGAUUUUCUUUUGGAGAAUCAGAUUCCGGAGGGCACUGGAGAUGAUUCCAACCUCUGGAAUAUGAACGGUCUCUCGGCAUCUAACUGGGUGACAAGAACAAGACAAAGCUCUGGAUCCCUUACACCAGAUCCUGCUGGACCCACCUCCAAUUAUAAGGAAUUUCUUUCGGAGAAUCAGAUUUCAGAAGGCACUGGAGAUGUUUCCAACCUUUGGAAUCUAAAUGAGCUCUCAGCAUCUAGGUGGGUGACGAGAACAAGACAGAGUUCUGGAUCCCGUACACCAGAUCCGGCUGUAGCCUUGUACGAUAAAGAGUUUAUUUUGGCGAAUCAGAUCUCAGAGGUUGCGUCACUUGCAAACUCUGACAAUGGCUCUGAAAUUAAUGACUCGACAAUGAACCACAGAGUCUCAUUUGAGUUGAAUGCAAUGGAAGUUGCAACAUGCCUGGAGAAAGAAUUAGGAGUGCCACUGAGAACAAUAUCUGAGGCUUCAGCUGUAAAUGCAAGCACACCUGAAAGAGAUGCACAUCCUCCUAAUCAAGCAGAGGGGCCAACAUCAAAUGACUUGGCCGAGAAAGAUUCUGUGGAUGGGGAAGAAGAGCAGCAACAUAUUCAACAGCCUUCUAUCCUAACUUCCGUUGGGUCAGUUAAAGAAUUCAAGUUUGAAAAUUCAGACGGCGGAACCUCUGACAAACCUGACUGGUGGGCGAAGGAAAAUGCUGUGGCGAAGGAAUCUGGUCCCCACGAUAACUGGACCUUCUUUCCUGUGUUGCAACCAGGUGUUAGCUAAUUGUAUAUCAUACGGUAGAAAUUGUAUAUCAUUUUACAAGUGGACAACCACGGUAGUUCAGGAGCAAGGCAAUCGAAACACAUACAAUCUUAAUUGUCGCAUUACAAAUACUUGGAGAAAAGUGAAAGUGAUAGAAGAGAUCAUCAUGGCUGGGACAGGAAAAAGGAUGGAAUUUUAUACCACCACUGAAGGAAAUUGGAAUACUGCUUUUUUUAGGGUAAUUCCUAACCUGAAGUUUCAAAGAACAUAAAAGUAGGUUUCUAGUUCUGUAUUAAUUUUAUUUUGCUCAAGGUUCUGACUUGUUAGAAAAAUAACCAGCACUGUUCUUAGAUAAUGUUUUGCUGUUUUAUAUGUAAUAAUAAUAAUAGUAACUAAAAGAUAGUUUCUCAGAUGAUCUUAAACUUGAGAUUUUUGAUUAGAUGUUGUAUAAAAUUCUAAUGGGUUUGCA